CAAACACAUUCAAAUGAUUUUAAAUGUAGGCUCUACAUUCCUGUAAUAAACUGUAAAAUGUGGAAAUGUUCAGUUGUUGCCUUAAAAAGCUAUUUCCAGUUGAUCUAACCCUUGAAAUUGAAUCUGGUUAAUGUAACCCACAGUAAUGUAUUUUAAAAUCAAAUGUUUAUAAACUCCAUAUAUUAUGUAAAAAAAAAAAUAUAGGUAUCCUUAAAAGAGUAAAAAAAGAAACAUGCACACCUUCAAAACCUGAACAGAUUAAAACAGAUUAUUAGAGGAUUACAAGUAAAGUUAGACUUAAUGCAAGAGCUUAACUAAUAAUUUCAUCGCGUAACUUCAAACGUAAUCCUUUCGAAUUCCCUCUUUUUCCCUUUUCUCAUUUUUAAUCCCAUUCAGAGCUGCACUGAAAAUAAAUAAUAGUUUCACAUCAUUUAUUGAGCAUUACUUAAACAUGUUUUAUCUCUGGAUUAUACAGUUUUGCUCAUAAAUUUACAUACCCCUUGCAGAAUAUGCAAGAUAUUAAUCAUUUUAAUAAAAUAAGGGAUCAUAAAAAUUGCAUGUAUAUUUUUGUAUUUUAGUACUAUCCCAAAUAAGCAGUUUAACAUAACAAAUGUUUGUCCUGGGUUGAGAAAAAUUCUGCAGGUCCUGCACAUUCUAUGGUUUUUCUGCAUAACUGAACUCAUUCCAACAGCGACUGUGUGAUUUUUAGAUGUAAACAUUUUUGGAUAUAUAAAUGUGGUAAUCUUUUUGAAUUGGAUGAUUGGGGAUGAACAUAUUUUGUAUUCUGGGAAACAUACAAAUCUUAAGUAGCCUUUAAAGGACAGUACCAAAUAUGCACUGAAUACUGAAUAUAGUGCUAAAAAUAAGAUCUUUAAAACAAAACAAGAAACAAUUGCAUAUCCCCAGCUCUUGAUGCAUUGUAUUUCCUUCUAGAGCAUCUGUGAUUGUUUUCACCUUUUGAAGUAGUUGUAAUGACUAUGAUUUUGAGAUCCAUCCUUUUACAAUGAGAACAGUUAAAAAUAUAUACAUUGUAAAAAGAUGGAUCUCAAAAUCGUACAGUCAUUGUUGGAAAUGGUUAUAAUAUGCAGAAGAUGCUAGAAUAUUAUGCAAAGAAUGUGCAGGGCCUGAAGGAUUUUUCUGAUGUUCUGCAGGCAGUUGAACCGCUUCAGACAAACAAGGGACUCAUUAACAACUUUCUCAUAACAUAACAAACAAUCAUUGAUGAUCCAGGUAACAGCACAUAUUAUUAAGAUAUAAUGAUCCCUCUUUUUUUUGGUUAAAAUUCUUAAAAUCUUGAAUAUUCAGCAAGGGCAUGUGUACUAGUGAGUGGAACUGAAUAUGAUUGAUAUUAGAAGAAGCAAUGGUAAUAAUCAUAAGGCUCCUUUAAUCAGAUUGAAAUUAAAGGAAGUUUGGGCAAUUUAUUAACCUCUGAUUUGCCUAUAGUUUGCAAAGCUACAUAACAAAUCACAAUUAGGGCCUAUAAAGGGCUACUCAGAUAAUAUCUAAUAAAGCAGUUUAAUGUGAUUAAGUAAUGAUUUCUGUUACAGCAUAAGUAAGUGACAUCAAUUAAAAAUAUAUAAAACAAAAAAAUAAAUAAAAAACAUUAAAAUUAAAUAAUAAUCGGUGUAAUGAUAUACAAGUGCCAGAAAGUAUUAACACAAAAAGUCCAGUGCUGGGAUGUACCUGUAAUAUGUCUUUUUAAAACUCUUCAAGGACAUUUUGAUUUUCUUUGUGUCUUUGGAUAAAAGACAUCUGUCCAGAACUUAGUGUAACAUAUAAGCCUGUGACAUAUGUUGUUCUUUCCUCUCUUACUAAGGUUCUUCCCUGAUCUGACCCUCUCCUUUAAUAAAUCCACAUCUUCAUUUAUCCCACCAUCUGUCACAGGGCUCUCUUACUAAUUUCUGCUUUAUAUAAUUUUCUCAAAUUCAUUGUCAUCUCAAAAGAUUUCUUGUUCUUGGUUACUGAUCCUUGUUUGCCCUUUAUAAACCAACUCUGCCUUCACUUUGGGUAGCAUGUUGGAGCACAUGUCCAGGCGUUCUCGCUCCCUGCUCUCUCUUUUCCUGACCUCCCUUGCCCUCGCGUUAUCUGUGCUGGCUUUCUGUACAUCUUACUGGUGUGAAGGAACGCACAAGGUGGUCAAACCUCUCUGCUUGUCACCUGUCAAGAUGAAGAACUGUGGCCAGAACAACAGUGAACCUUACACUACAGAAAGCCCCACCCCAGAUCCACGGAACCCACUACCAACAUUAUCACCAAAGCGAAGGGAGGAACUAGCCAAGAUUCGACAAAGACAAUUGGCCAAUGCAGUGCACUACAUUUGGGAGACAGGAGAAGACAAGUAUACCUUCAGAUAUUUCCACACAGGAUUUUGGGAGUCCUGUGAAAAACAUGCUGAUGGAGAACGGUGCCGCCGGUUCUUGGAUCUUACUCCUGGAGAGACUCAUGGUGUUCUGUGGCUGUCAAUGAUUGCUGAGUUCAUGUACAUCAGUUUGUUGGGCAUGGGCUUUCUGCUCUUGUGGGUAGAAGUGUUGUGUGCUCGUAAAGAAAUGCAUGCACUCAAAAUCAACGCUUUCGCAGCCAUAUGUACAGUGCUCUCAGGACUGUUAGGGAUGGUGGCUCAUAUGAUGUACACCACUGUAUUUCAGCUAACUGUGAUCGUGGGUCCCAAAGACUGGAGACCUCAGACAUGGGACUAUGGCUGGUCAUUUGCGCUUGCAUGGGUGUCUUUCAGCUGCUGCAUGGGGGCUGCAGUCAUGACCCUUAAUUCUUACACAAAAACAGUCAUUGAGCUACGUCACCGCCAGAGGCUUCGAUUAGAGGAGACCCGUGCUACAAGCCAUGCUCCGUCCUACAAUGAGGUGGUCCCAGGUGGAGGGCUGUACUCCGUCAGCGGCCUAUUGCAGUGCCCAAAUGGGGUGAUAGACUCUAUGUGGGCAUCCAAUGGGAGCAUGGGACUGGUGCAAGAGAGGGAUGUGCCCACCCUGGUACUGGUUGGAGGAUGCGGACAAGAUUCGUGUGAGGACUGUGAGAGAGAGAUGGAUGAGAUGAAGGAGGCCAUCAAUGGAAUAUAUUCUCCUUGUUAAUUGUUGAUGAUGUGAGUUGAGGAGCUAGUUCACUCAAAUGUGUUAUUAUUUAGUCCCCAUCAUGUCAUUUCAAACAUAUAUGGCCUUCUUUUGUCUGUGGAACACAGAAGAAAAUAACUUGAAGAAUGGUAGUAAUCAAACAGAUUUAAAACAUUUUUUUUAUAUACCACUGAUGCCCAGUUGAUAGAUUUUUUUUUUUUUUUUAAAGGGUGAUGAACUGCCUUUUUAUUAUUUUGUACUGUUCUCUGAGGUCACCUUAUAAUGUAAUCAAGAUUUUCACAUUAAAAAACAUCAUAAUUUAGAAGUGAUAGGCUAUUUUCUGUCCUGUUUUAACCCUCCUCAUCAGAACGCUCUAUUUGAAUUGCUCUGGCGGAUUGU